AUGAGCGCAACCGCUCCCUCAGCCUCAGAAGGCACCUCCGGCAUAGCUCCCGAUAAUCCAGUGCCGUCGACGACGACAGACACUAAGCCGGCUACCACCACCUUAUCGCCUGACGAUGCCGCGACUAAGUCGUCUGGUGUCAAUAUACCCUCUCGGACGUCUUCACAGCAGAACCCGCAGUCGUCGACGUCACCAACCACCCAGAGUGCCGAGGUUGAGCAAGCACCUGCAGCCAGGCGCGGUUCGAAACGCAGCAUCUUGACCCGAAGCAGAAACAACAGUAGAAGCAGUAGGCGUUCGGCAAGAGCAACAAGAACCGGCGACACAAAGGAGGCAGUCCCUCCGCUACCUCAAAAUGAUGGCACACGGAGCGAAAAGAAGUCGAGGUCAGGCUUUCUAGCUUUUCUGAAUUGCUGCAGUCCCUCAGAAACGGUGCAAGAUGCCAAGGAAGAUCAACCCAUUCCGUCCAAAAAGACUGCCCUUCCAGCCGCGCAAACAAAGGUUGCUCGUCCGAUCGAUCAGCAGCCGUCAUCGACCGAGAAGACUGCAGAAACUCAACCACUAAGCGAGAAAUCGGAAGAAAAGGGCGCCGACGAUGUAGAAGACGAGCCCAAAGUAAUCUACACCGAGGUGGGAGAAAAUGAUCCGCGGAAUGAAGAAGUCGUUGACGAAAAGGUUGUCAAGGAUGAUUACUCCCAUCUGCUCAGGGUGGAAAAUGUGGCCCAACCAGCCACCACAAUCGACCAAGAGAACAAGAAAUCAGCGGCAGAGGUCGAUCCCGACACCGACAUGACCGACGCGCCACCACUGGUCCCAACGCCAGGACCUCAAGUCGUCGACGAACCCGUUCAGCCUGCCGAUGUGCAGCCUCAGGUUACGUUGCCGCCACCGCCGCCUCUGUCACAACGGCAGGAGCAGAUAGGCACCAUACCUCCAGUUCCCGAGGCUUCUCCCGAGAAACAAACAUGGCUGCUGCCUCCAGCGCAGCCUCCUCUGAAAGGCAGAAAAUGUCUCAUCCUGGAUCUCGACGAGACAUUAGUCCACAGCAGUUUCAAAAUACUUAAUCAAGCGGAUUUCACCAUUCCCGUUGAGAUAGAAGGUCAGUACCAUAAUGUUUACGUCAUCAAAAGGCCAGGCGUGGAUCAGUUCAUGAAGAGAGUUGGCGAGCUGUACGAAGUGGUGGUCUUCACGGCGUCCGUAUCAAAGUACGGCGACCCGUUACUCGAUCAGCUUGACAUCCAUCAUGUGGUCCACCAUCGAUUGUUUCGGGAGAGCUGCUACAAUCACCAAGGAAACUAUGUCAAGGAUUUGUCCCAAGUCGGACGUGACCUGAAGGAAACCAUCAUUAUCGACAAUUCGCCAACGUCGUACAUAUUCCAUCCACAGCAUGCGGUUCCGAUAAGCUCGUGGUUCUCCGACGCUCACGACAACGAGCUACUGGAUCUUAUCCCCGUGCUCGAAGAUCUUGCAGGACCACAAGUUCAAGAUGUCAGCCUCGUUCUGGACGUCACUUUAUGA